AUGCAGACGGAGGAGGAGACGGCCACCGCAGAAGAGCCCAUUUUGGAGGAAGGGUCAGGACGAGAGCGGCAACGGCCUGUCCAGCAGUCCCUGGCCUCCUCCCUGUGUCGGGAGUCCCAUUGGAAGUGCCUCCUCCUGACCCUCCUAAUGUACGGCUGCUUUGCCACGCUGGUCUGGUGCGCUCUCUGUCGCGUACCCAUUCUCGGCUCUUCCUCCUUUUCUCUUGGUGCUGAUGAUGAUGAUGCCACCUCAGCAGCCUACUAUAAUGACAUGCUUAUGGAGAGUCCGUGCUCGAGCGGUUACGUCUACAUCCCCCUGGCCUUCCUGGCCAUGCUUUAUGUGGUUUACCUGGUGGAGUGCUGGCACUGCUUCUCUAAGACAGCCAUGUUGGCUCAUGCUGAGUUCCAGGAAGUGUAUGAGCGAGUGCAGAGACUUCAACAGGCGACACCCUGCAUUUGGUGGAAGGCAAUCAGUUACCAUUACGUGAGAAGGACCAGGCAGGUGACAAGAUACCGCAACGGAGACGCGUAUACAACCACACAGGUCUACCAUGAGCGGGUGAACACUCACGCCUCCAGUUCAGAGUUUGACUACGCCCGCUAUGGUGUCAAAGACGUAUCGAAGGAGCUGCUGGACCUUCAGCUGCACCCUGCUGUUCGCCUCCGUUUUACCAAGUGUUUCAGCUUCUCCAGUGCACGUGCUGAAGCUGCCUACCUCACCCAGCGCGCACGCUUCUUUGGCGAGAACGAGGGGCUUGACGACUACAUGGAGGCCAGGGAGGGAAUGCACCUGAAGAAUGUGGAUUUCCGUGAACACAUCCUGGCGUUCCCGGAUCCAGCUCACCAGCCGUGGUUUUCCAGACACAAGGUGUUCUGGCUGGCUUCUGCUUUCCUGCUGUCGUGGCCGCUGCGGGUAGUGUCAGAAUAUCGCACAGCGUACGUCCACUACCAUGUGGAGAAGCUGUUCGGGGAGGAUGAGGAUUCAGUUGGAGGAGGGCCAGGUGGUGGAGGAGGACCAGGUGGAGGCGGAAGAGGGAAUGGGAAUGAGGGAGGGACUGAGAAUGGCCUCCACCCCGGGGGAAUUGGUAUUGGAAUUGGCCUGAAUGGGACGAGCUACCGAGCCAUCUCUCGGGUCAACACGGUGGACAUGACAGAAUUGGAGUGGCACAUCCGCUGUAACCAACAGAUGGUACCAAGCUACUCUGAGGCUCUUCUUAUGGACUUGGACAUAAGUGGGGGGACAAACCCCACCGCCUCUACACCACUAUCUGGGCCCCCGGGCAGCACCCCAAACCAGGAGGUCAACCGGCCUACUCUAGCCCUGCCUGUGGUGUUCAACUCGGCUUACCUCCUCCAGAGCUGCCCGCGAUGCCGAAGGACCACGUCGAGUUCCAGUCUGCCCUCCAGGCUAAGGGCCCCAAUGGGUACCACAGCCCUCCUUAACGCCACUGUGGCAGGGAUCAGGGCAGCAGGGCAGGGGGGUGGAGGUAUAGGAGGGAGGCUGGUGCUGAGUCGAAGCGGAUUCUCGCUAGGGAGACUCGGAGGAGGGCGCCCAAACAGCCUCUUUCACUCAAGAAGCAUGGGGGGGCUCGGAGGAAGCAGGGAAGACGGAGGAGGAAAUGGAACUGGAGGAGGAGGUGGGGGUGGAGGAGGAGGAGGCGGUGGAGGAGGAGGAGGAGGAGGUGGAGGAUUCCUUGGGUUAGGGUCAAGACAGGACAACGAGGAGACCAGAGGAGUGCUGGAAGGAGAAGGCGACGACGAUGAGGAAGAGGAGCAGGAGGAGGAAGUGAGGAGAAGGGAAGACAGAGGGACAGAGAGGGAGGAAGAGGGGGAGCAAGAAGGUGGAGGAGGGAGUGAGGGGAGGGAGGGCGAGCGGGACCGUCCUCCAUCCUACCAGGACGCAUUCUUCUUUCCUGUCCUGAUCAUACACGGAGAGGAGAGCUGCCACGCUGGAGACGACAUGUGA